UAUUUUUCUCAUCCCAUCUCCAAAACAAAAUCUCUUAUUAAACACGAAAAUGAGUUCCAAAGCUUUUGUUUUUCUCGGUCUUCUUCUCGCUUUCGUUCUCCUCAUCUCUUCGGAGGUGGCCGCGAGAGACCUCGCGGAGACCUCCUCCAAGAAGGACAACGAUGAUGUUGCAGAGGUCACGGUGGAGACCAAUGGCGUAGAGGAUGCCAAGUAUGGAGGAGGGUACGACAGAGGCUAUGGUGGUGGUCGUGGCGGUUACGGACAUGGCGGUUACGGACAUGGUGGCUACGGUGGUCGUGGUGGUUAUGGUGGCGGCUACAGAAGGGGUUGCCGGUAUGGUCGGUGCGGGUACAGGUGCUGCAGCUACGCUGGUGAAGUUGUUGAGGGCGCAAAACCUUAAGACAACGUUUGGAAUGGGUUGAAAUAAUAAAGUAGUUUAAAAUUUGUGUUUAGUUAAAUGUGUGAACUUUGAAGUUUGAGAAAUAAAUGCAUGGGGAAUGGGAGGGCCUAGCUUGUAGUUUUUCUUUUUCCCUAUGUUUGGGUUUCAGUAUGUUGCUACAAGUUUGCUUUUGCAAAUUUUUAUAAAUAUCAACAUAUUUUCAUUUGGAUGCGAUCGUUAUUUGCAUCUCGAUAA